UUCUACAAACAUGCCAUCCCUGCGAGGAGGUGGAGUGAAGGACAUCAAAGCUGGAGUUAAAUAUGAAGAAGACGACAUCUAUUUCAGGAACUAGCAGCCAAAGACGAAUGAGCUAUGUUAGUGGUUUCAACCCAAACAGAGUUGGAUCAUUGAGUCGAAGAAGCAUACUGAUGGCUUCUGAUGGCAAAACCAUGGAUAAGGGGUCUCUUAUAGGGAGUAGGCAUACCAUUCAGGUAUUUGAUGAGCAAGGGAAGGAUGUAACACCUCGGCCACUCUAUCAUCCAGAACCAAGUGCUUCGCUACACAGACAAAGCAAAAUCUUAUCAACGCAGGAUUUCUCUGGGGCCACUGGAUCUGAUUUUCUGUCUUCCUUAUCCAUGCAUCAGACAUCUGGAGUUAAUGCUAGUUUAGUAGGUCCAUUCUCAAGGACAUAUGGAAGCAGCAGUAUUUCUAAAUCAACAUCUACAACUGAGUCUAUGGCAGAUGAAAUAGUAGAGCCUGGUUCUAGACGAGACACAGCUAUUAGCUUAUCUGAUGUACAGGUGAGGCGAGAUGAGAUAAAAGAACAACUGACAAAAGAAGACAUUGAUAAGAGAGUGGAUAUUUACCUCACGGAGACAGAAACUAUCUGGCUAUUGGACAUGCCAACUGUCAUGAUGUCUGUAGAAUCUGAAGAUGCUGAAAAAGUGCAGGAACGGAACAAGGAUUAUAUUGAGCUUUGUAAAAAUAGAGUUGGUAAUGAUCGCUUUGUGGAAAGGAUGAUGCAAACGCUUAAUGGAGCACCAAAGAAUAAAGAAGUGCAAUGUGAGAAAAUCCUCAUGGAGGAUAAAGGGAUAAUGGCCACUUCUUGGGACUUGUAUGAUUCCUUUAAUGCCUUGGAAACAACGCUUACAUCUUCAGUAACGGAAAGAAGUAGCAGACCAACAAGUUUGAGUAGCAGUAAAUCUAAUGUGACCAAAGACCGUGAACGAACCAUGUCUACGACUUCUACAGACAGAGAGAGCAUAACCUCAAGUUCUAUAAUCGAUUUGGAAAGUGUUAUUCUUGCCAGAAUCCACGAAGAAGAGGAAGACCAUUCUGAAGCGAUAUUAAAAUCAGAAAAAUUUCAGCAGGAUUUAUUUUUUAUGGAAAGAGUUCUAAUGGAGAAUGUUUUUCAGCCCAAACUUGCAGCUUAUCGGCAACUUCCUGUCCUUAUAGAACCAGUUCUUACAUCUGAUGCUGGCAAAGAGGAAGGAGAAACAGAGGAAGCAGAAGAGGAGGAGGAGGAAGAGGAAGAGGAGGAAGAGCAAAAGGAAACAGUAGUUAGUUCAUCAAUUUUGUUAGAUCUAAGUGAAGCACCAGAAGAAAUCUUACCGCCCAGUCUGGAACGACUGUGGUCCUAUACAUGUGAGUGGACUAAUGGCCACAAUGUGAGCAGUAUGGCUUGGAACAAGUUAAACCCAGAUCUUUUGGCUGUUGGUUAUGGGCAGUUUGGUUUUCAAGAACAGAAGAAAGGCUUGGCUUGCUGCUGGUCACUCAAGAACCCUAUGUGAAUCUUUUGAUAAGCAUAUAGGCCCUGUAUGGCAGCUGAAGUGGAUUGAACAGGACAGGGGCACAACGGG